GUCAAAACACGGAACUGGCGCAAUCAUUUGAAACAGUCAAGGCGUUUGUUUGUAUUUUCACUUUAGUAAACUCUGUUUUCUAUUUUCCCGUUUUAACGCACCGAUUAAAAUAUGCUGUUAGGUGCGAUAAGAAUGGUGAUUUAAUAAUAUUGCAGAUCUUCACUUUACAUAAACCGUAAGUUCAUCGGUAUCCAAGGACGCGCUACAGGAUCUCAAUGGACCCGAAAGACAAUGAACGUAUUUUACUCCUCGAGGAAGAGGUGAGGAGUUUGUCUGAAGAACUCGCUCAGUGCCAGACAGACAAGGAGUUUGUGUGGUCGCUUUGGAAGCGACUUCAAGUGGCCAGUCCAGACCUCACCCAGGCAGUGAGUCUUGUAAUGGAAAGAGAAAAGCAGAAAGCUGAGAACAAGGACAGGAAAGUUCUGGAGAUCCUUCAAGCAAAAGACUACAGAAUCCAAGAGCUGGAGCAGAAAGUGACGGCACAAGAGCAGGAGAUAAACAACCGAGUCCAGCAGUUGCGUGGCAGUGAGGAAGAGUGCGGUCUAAUGAAGAAAGAACUGGCAGCUCUGCAGCACAGACUGGGGAAUAAGAGUCGACAACUUAAGGAAGCGAGGAGGCAGGCGCAGGAGUGCGAGGAGGAGGGCAGGCAUGCCCUACAGGAAGCCAGGCAGCAAUUAGAUGCUCAGCACUCAGCCUCUCAGGCAGAGCUGGAGAGAUUGCAGGACCAAGAGGCUGUCAGCAGUUCCAGAGUCAAGAAUUUGGAAGAGGAACUAUUCAGAAGCAGACAGGACAUGCUAGAGGCUCAGAGUCGCUCAACUGCUUUGUCCCUUCAGCUUUCCACUGUAGAACGGGAAGGAGCUGACAAAGAACAACAUCUCUGUCAAAUCAAAUGCGAGCUCCAGGACUUGCAGUGUCUGUACAGGCAGAGUGUGGAACAUGCAGGAGAACAGGCCCAGCUCAUUCAGCAGCUGGAGGGGCUUAACCUGGACACGCAAAGAGUCCUGCGCAGCCAAGAGGAGGCCCACACGGCAGACACCGUCUCCUACCAGAAGCUCCACAGCGAGCUGAGCGUGUCAUACCAAGCCCUUUGGCACAGCCAGGAACAGCUCCGCCAGCGGGAAGCAGCCCUCAGCAUGCAGCUCAGCCAGAGAGAUCAGCAGAUCCAAGAACUCCAGGCACAGCUGCAGAGUUUCACAGCCGCCACGGGGCACUGUGAGGGCGCCAGGUCUCUGUCUCCAGGUGGCGGCAGCAGUGAUGGAGCAGACAGUGAGGAGCAAAGGAUUCAGUGGCUGCAGGAAUUACUUGCGCUUAAGACUAAGGAGAAUGAGGAUCUGCGAAGAGCCCAUGCCAAACAUCAUGACCGUUUAUGCAUCAUUCAGACCAACUACAGAACAGUGAAAGAGCGGCUGAAGGAAGCUGAAGAUACCCAUGACUUGUCAAAAUGCAAAACACAAGUGCAGCAGGACAGAGAGGAUUUAUGGAAUGAAUUGGUGUUUUAUAAGGAGGAGAACAAGAAGCUACUCUCUGACAAAGCUAAUCUGGAGGAGGAACUAAACGCAGCCCUCGACAGAGUUGCAGUGCAGGACCUACAAGAGCAUCAGCAGGAGGAAACACAAGCAGAGCUUCUGUUUCGGGAAGUGCCGGAGGACGAGGUCAGGAGGAGCAGCACCCCCAUCAAGACAACCGCCAGAAGAGUGGAACAGACUUUUAAAAAGAUCGAGCAGUUACAAAGUCAAAUGGUCUCUCUGGAGAGCGAGAUCGUGCAGUUGCGAGAAAACAACCGGGCACUACAGGAAGCGAAUGGAGCUCUGGCUGGAGAGCGGAGUGUUCUGCAGGCCAGAGUUCAGCUUUUGCAGGAAAGCAAUGAGGCGGAAGAGGCCCAGGCCAGAGAAAAACGAGACCGACUGCUGGCCCAGAUGCAGAACUUUGAGAGACAGGCGAAAGAAGCCAUGAAAGCUGCCGCCCAGGCCAGGCGCAGACUGCUUAAGAUCCGCCAGGAACUAGGAGUCCUUCGAGCCGAGAGAGAUUUCCAUCGGUCCGCAGCUAAAUGCAGGGCGAAAGCCGCCACUCUGGCAAACAACAAGAUCAGGUCCAAAGCACCCUGGGUUGACGCCUCCAGCAGAACACGCAUGUGCUCGACGCUGAACAGGAUGGACAGUCCCGCCAAGGACGAUUGGGAGGACAUGAGCGCAGACAGUGACAGUGAAGAGUUCUCUGACAGCCUGGAAAGUCGAUAUUCUGUUCAAGCUCGACGAGUUUCAAGGAAAACUAAGGGCUGCAGGUACAUGCUGAUCUGCCCCACAGACAGGCCUGGAAUGGAAUCUCAAACCAGAAACAUCCAAUUCCAAGGUGCCUCCCAGCAAAAGAUCAGGAAGAAAAGAAUUUCAAAGUCCCAUGCUGUUUUGCAACAGCGUCUUCUGUCCCUCCAGCAGCAAGUCACAGCUCUACAGGCAGAAAAACAAGCAGCACAGCAGCUUGCAGCAGAGCAGAGCCACAGACAAGUGCAAACUCAAGUGCAGUUAGACUUCCUUCUCCAGCAACUCAAUGCCAGCAAGCAGCUUUCAAAGAAGCAGGCGUGCGAGCUGGCUGGUCUGGAGCAGCAGAAGGCAUCUCUGCAGAUGGAGUUAGAGCAGUGGAGACGAAUACGGCAGCAAACGUUAAUGAACCCCCCUGCCGUAGACCCGGAGCACCUGCAGGCCCAAGUCAAACAGCUCACUCACCGACUGAAGAAUGCCAGCAGUGAAAUGAGCAAACACACUGCUGCUAACAAGAGCCUGAGGGCUCAGUUAGAUGAAAGAGAUCAGACACUGAAGGAACUGCACGAGAGGGUUGGUGUUUUAGAGAGGGAUGUUACGAUGAAAAGGCAGCUGGUGGAGGAUCUCAGGUGCAGACUAAAGAUUUGCCAGGACUCCGAAAGGAGCCAUAGAGCAGUGACUGAAGACUUGGAAAAGAAAAUGAAAUCUCUCACUGAUGAGUCAACUAACCGGAAAGCCCUUGUCGACUCUCUAAAGAGAAGAUUGACAGUUGCCACUGCAGAAAAAAACCAGCAUGAGACAACCAGCCAAAAACUCAAAGAAGAGCUUCAGAAAAAGGAGCAGAGAGUGGCUGUCCUCCAGGCGCGCAUAAGCGAGCGCGAUCAGGCCAUGGCUGAGCUGGAGCAGACUGCGUCUAAACAGAUGCAUGGUUUGGCCGAGCAGAGCUCUCAGGCUCUGGAAACACUGCAGAGAAAACUCGCCCUCGCCGAGUCCCAGCUGCACCAGUUCCACACAUUCAUUGAGGCACUGGCUAAUCAAUUGGCUCAGGAUGUGCAGGAUAUUAAAGCCCGUUUGACGAGAAAGAAAAAGAGUGAAAGAGAAGGAAACAGAAUGUCUAAAUGCUCACUAGUGAAAGCAGCGUCUAUCCUCAACAUGACAGAAACAGACCUGGUGAACAUGCUGGACACAGAUGAGUGUGAGGAGGCGUUUGUGGGUCGUGGGCCAGACACAGAUUGGGCUGAACAUGUACAACACAUCCUUCAGCAGCAGAUCCCCUCUGCAGGCCUGCUGAUGGACGCCAUGCUGGUGAAGAUGAAGGAGGGCAAAGUGCUGACAGAGGAACUGGCUGCACUUACAGCUGCAGUCAGCAAAAAUGCCUGACCAGAG